CCUGCUAAAGUGACAAAGUCUUCCAACAACUUUCCCAACUACUAUCAAACCGUACAAACGUUGCGCAUUGAUUCAGUGACAGUCAACGAUACUGGACGUUUCACCUGUUUUGCGAAAAAUGGUUUUGGCUUGUCAAAUGCUUCAGUGUUUCUGCAGGUUGUAGCUGAAGGAUUUAUAAAGUUGUUACCUCCAGAGAGCACUGUGCUUCAUGUAAACAUUGGAAAAAACCUUGUGCUAAAAGUGGAGUUUGAUGCCUAUCCAGUUCCUGAUCAGCAGUACUGGAUUCUCAUGAAUGAGACUUUGCUUAACACAUCGGACCAUUAUAUUAAAUCUGCGGAAGUUGGAAACAGAUACUCCAGUGAACUUCAUCUGGUUCGAGUAAAGGGAACAGAAGGUGGAAUUUAUACAUUUUUUGCUUCAAAUUCUGAUUCCAACUCUACGGUUUCAUUUGACGUCCACAUAAAUAGCAAACCAGAGAUAAUUAUUAUUGAAGAAUCCAAGCCAGGUAAAGUUCGAUGUGUAGCUGUAGGGUUUCCAGAACCAAAAAUAAAGUGGCUUCACUGCCAUGGAUCACAGAAAAG